AUGUCUGAUCGUUAUUUUAAAAAUAAUUAUUCAGAUUACAAUGGAGAACAAUAUCUCAAUCAGAAUAAUCAAUUGCCUUCUGAAUUAAGUUCACCCAUAAUUCGAUGGAUUGAACAUCAUUUACAUAAACUUGAACAGAAUAUCAAUCAAACUGAUUCAUCUGAUGAAACAGUUUAUACAGGCAGUGCAGGUAUUGCAUUACUUUACAUGCAUCUUACUUCACUCUUUCCGGAUAGAAAAAGUAAUUAUAUUUCGAAAGCAAAAUUAUUACUUGACUCUUCCUUACAACAACUUGAUGAAAGAAGAAUAACAUUUUUAUGUGGUGCUCCAGGACCAUUAGCAAUAGCUGCAGUUAUUUCGUAUAAAUCUGGUGAUCAAGAAACAGCAAAUAAAUAUGUUAAUAGAAUCCUAUCAAUGAAAAAUCAAGCUUUGAGUCAUUCAAAUCCAGAUGAAUAUCUCUAUGGACGAUCUGGUUAUCUUUAUACAUUAAUGUUUCUUCGAAAAGAAAUUGGACAUAAUAUUAUCGAUAGUCAACAUGUUACUGAUAUUUUUGAAGCCAUAAUUAAAUCAGGUGAAAAAUAUGCACGAGAAACACGUUCAAAAUCACCAUUAAUGUAUAAAUGGCAUGAUUCAGAAUAUAUGGGAGCAGCACAUGGUGUUACAGGAAUAAUUUAUCUUCUUUUAAAAGUAACACAUCAUGAAUCAUUUACACAUCUUCGACCAUAUAUUGAAUCUCAUUUAAUACCAACGAUUGAAUUUCUUAAAACAAAACGAUUAUCAAGUGGUAAUUAUAUCUCAUCAAGUGAUAGUAAAUCAGAUAAACUUGUACAAUGGUGUCAUGGUGCACCUGGUUUUAUUUAUUUAUUUGUUCGAGCAUAUGAAGUGACUGGAGAUAGUUCAUAUAUGGAAUUAGCAUUAUCAGCUGGUGAUGUUGUUUGGCAACGUGGAAUUUUAACAAAAGGUUAUGGUCUUUGUCAUGGUACAGCAGGCAAUGGUUAUGUAUUUCUUAAUCUUUAUCGUGCAACAAAUGAUUUGAAAUGGCUUCAUCGUGCAUUAAAAUUUUCUGAAUUUUGUUUGGAUUAUGGAAAACAUAAUUUACCAAGAGCACCGGAUUGUCCCUACUCACUUUUUGAAGGUUUAGCUGGAACGAUUUAUUAUAUGGCUGAUAUACUUAAUCCCACUCACGCUCGAUUUCCUGCAUUUGAAUAA